GAGAAGAAUUGGGAAAACGAGUUCGGUGUCAAGAAAACGGAACCUUUUCCAUUUUUAACGAGUAGCAGCAGCUAUGGCGAGCGCUUGCCUCCUCACCAAAUCUCACCUCUCGCUGCACUGCUUAGCUAGAUCUCGUAAUUCGCAACGCAUCAAUGCCAUCGCUCACAAACGACGCCUCGUCGGCGUGUUACGAUGCGCUGCGGCGGAGCAGACGACUUUGCAAAUUCUCACAGCCGCUGAAGAGCGCGCGGCUCUGCGUGCCGUCGAGAGCUCCCGCGAGGAACCACUGUUUCACGAUCCCUAUGCAGUCUGCCUUGCAGCCACGAAGGGGCAAGCACUCAACGUCGUACCUGCGGCCGGGGUUAAUGGAAAUGACGUAGGCUAUUAUGAAUUGGCAACAAGCUUCAUUGAUGAGAGGCUGCUGGAGGCUGUUAAGGACGACCAAGCCACGCCAGUGCGGCAGAUUGUCUUGCUAACCGACGGGAUGGACACAAGACCAUACCGAUUACCCUGGCCUCCUGCAUCAAUGAUCUUCGAUGUAUCGCCGAACACUACAUUCAACAUUGCCGUUGAGAGAUUGGAAGCUGUUGGGGCGAGAAUACGGAGAGGGUGUAUGUUUAGGCAUGUAUCGGUGGACCUUUCUGACGAUGGAGAUUGGAAAGACGAGUCGUUGGAGAGGAAGCUUGUGAGCGUCGGUUAUCAAGGCAUUCGGCCCAGCGUCUGGGCAAUGCAGGGGCUGCAAACAUUGACAGCAGAGGGCCUGUAUGUCAUUCUCAGAUGCAUCGGCAGCUUAGCUGCGAAGGAUUCAAUCUUUCUGGGAGAGCUGCCGCGUACUGCACUUGGCGAUAUCUCACAGGACGAAAUCGUUGCAGCGUUAUACAGAGUGUUCGGAAGCAAUGGUUUUCAUGUGAGUUUGAUGCCGCACAAUGAAAUUUCAUGUAGUGCGUGGUCGAAGAGUAGGCCUCUGGCCGUCAAAACUGAAGAGGGCUAUGGAGAAGUGUUUUUUGUUGCCAAGCAGCUGAAACUCUCCGAUCAACAGGUUGAUCUUUUCCAGACAAUGAUAUCCGACAGAGAAGAGAUCGAUGAAGAUGGGUUUGAGGACUGGGUCUUGCCGAUAUCCGAAUACAUCAACAAGGCUUGCGUUUAAAAAGUUAGAUUGUUAGAUUGUUUUGAGUUGCUUUCGUUCAUUAUUAUGUUUUGUUCAGCAGUCAAUGUACUUAUUAUAUGCAGAUAUUUACAAAUCAUUCUAUGAUUGGUAGUUUGUUGUAAUGUGGUUUUCAGUCA